AUGGAUUUCAAAGGAUACUAUAAACUACUGGGCGUGGACAAAAAUGCGUCGGAGCGGGAAAUAAAAAGGGCGUACAGAGACCUGGCAAAAAAGUACCACUCGGACGGGUCCGCAGUGGCAAACGCAAUGAAAGAGUGCAAAACCGACCAGGAAAGGGCGGAGCUAAAGAAGUCAAUGGACAAAAAGUUCUCGGAAAUAACAAAUGCGUACGAGGUGCUGUCGAGCCCGGAGAAGAGGCAGGCAUACGACCGAGGCAUAGACGAGCAGCAGGGACCUGGCGGGUUUGGCGGGUUUUCUGACAUGGGAGGAAACUCGUUUUUCUCGUCCUUCUUCGGAGGGUCCAUGGGCGGGUCCAUGUUUGGCGAGGACCGGAGGAGGAAAAAGAACAACCCAAAGGUCGAGAGAAUACACAUCCGGCUGCAGGAUGUGCUCCUGGGCGGCAAGGUAAGCAAAAAGAUAGCCCGAAGCGUUGUGUGCAUGCCGUGCAAGGCCACAGGGUCGAUGAACACGAAAACGUGCGAAAAGUGCCGAGGAGCGGGAGCGUACGUGGAAAUCGUGAACAUGGGCGGAAUAAAGCUGCAGCGAGAGGCCGAGUGCAACCAGUGCGAAGGGCAGGGAAUCGUGAAGACCGGGCCAAGCUGCAGGGACUGUGCAGGGCGGGGGUACGUUGUCAAGACGGAGACCGACACUAUACACAUCCCCAAGGGCGUGAUGGAGGGGCACAAGAUAUGCAGAAAGGGCAUGGGAGACGAGCUGUAUGGCGUCGAAACCGGGGACCUGAUAUAUGUGAUCUCGAUAGCGGAGCAUGAUACAUACACGCGGGUUUCGCAGGACACCCUGUACACCGAGAUAAAGGUCCCGAUUGCAAACAUUCUAAAGCAGGCGCCAAUAUCUCUGACGACUCUGGACAACAGAAAGAUAAGCAUAGAGUGCCCGUCCUUCUGCGGCAAAGACGUGGGCGAGGACUUCCUGUGCGUUGAAAAAGAGGGGCUGGCCGUCGACAACGGGCAGAAGGGGCCGCUGCUGAUCCGGGUGGUGCCUGAGUUUGUUGGGGCCAGCAAGAUGCAGGACCUGGCCAAGGAGAUUGCAAGCCCUGCGGCAGCCGACGAAAAGGCCACGCACAAGGCGUUCUUUGUUUCAAAAAGCAAGGUGAACAAGUCGAACAGCGCGCGCCAGGGAGGAAGGCACCAGCACGAGCAGUCUUCAGACUUUGAGGAGGAGGCCAACACACGGACAUGCGCAACCACAUAA